AUGGUCCUCUACACAAUUCCUCCUCAGGAAGAAGAUGAGACUGUAUGGGUCAAGUUACACUUUGUCAGGCUAAAACAGCCUCAUCAUCGGCUCAGAAACUGGCAGGGAAUGUGUCCCCUCUUUAAACAGCUACAGGAUAAUAUGCAGGAGAGCCAGUCCCAGAACCUACUUCAAAGCAGAGGACAAGAAAUCCAAAUGAAACGAUUCCCACAGAAGGACACCCCACUGAACAAGAUGUCAGCUUUUAGCAGACGAAAACAGUCUCCCAAUCAGAGCGAUAAUAAGAGCCCUUCUGUGGCAAUUAAAGGCAGACAACAGGCUACUCAUGAUGUUAAUAAACGACGGACCCUUUUGCAAGAUAACAGCUGGAUAAAGAAGAGACCUGAAGAGGAAAGUGCUGAUGAAAACUAUGGACGGGCUGUGCUUAAUCAAUACAAAUCCCAAGAUGGUCUACACAGAAGUAGCACAAAUGAAAAGGAAGAUCAGAAAGCUGUACUUGGACGAUACAGAUCUGAUACUACCUUGGACAGGCAGUCUUGGACUCCUAAUGCAUCAUCCACAAACACUGCUGCGACUUCUCCAAUCAAGAAAAAAAGGCAAUCUUGGAUGCCUCCUCCAGUUUCAAGUAGUACAACCACAACAGAAACAGUGGACAACAAACAGGCUGCCUUUUCAUCAGAACAGGUGACCCCUCAGAAAUCCAAGACUGAUGAAAAGGAUCAAGCUACAUCAAGAGAUGAAGACCUUGGUGAUCACACAGAAGUAAAGUCUGCUGAUGACCAAAGUAAAAAGCGGGUAACUGAGCAAGCAUGUGAAAAUCCUCCAAGGACUCCAAAUAAUCUCCCAGAAACAAACUAUUCCAGUGACAGUGAAAGAAAGACCAGCAAGUCAUCGUAUGGUGCCUAUGAAGAAAAUUUAACUGGAAAUACUAUCAAAACUGUUUAUUCUACUUCUGACCGGAGUAUAAUUGGAAAAGAUAUAUGUACAUACUGCAGGAAGCCCUUGGGCAUAGAUGCCAAAAUGAUCUUAGAUGCCUUGCAAAUUUGCUGUCAUUCGACCUGCUUCAAGUGUGAAGUGUGUAAAAGACCACUGGAAGAUCUGAAAGCAGGAGACAGCAUUUGGAUUUACAGACAAACUGUGCAUUGUGAGCCUUGCUAUUCCAAAGUUAAAGAGGAACCAAAAAGAAAAGGUGCUAUGCUGGACCUUGUUCCCACGAAAAAGGAUGGGCUGGUGGACAAUGUGAAGCUUAAGGGCAGCCUUGACUGCAGUGAGCAUGAAAUGCUGGAAUUCAGGAUCCGUAGGGCAACAAGGGAGGUCCACAGCAAGCUCACUACCUUCAGGAGACUUCAGGACUUCAGGAGAGCAGAUUUCAGCCUCUUCAGGGAUCUGAUUGUCCUGAAAGAGCUGAUUAUAGAGCAGCUCUUCUCCAUCCUCGAAGAUGUCCACACCUUACUGUAUACCUGCAGAAUGGAUAAAUGGGACCUCAAUCCAGAAAGACUGAUAGAACCAUCACUGUUGGGACCCAGGAGAACUGGCAUGGCAGGAGGAAUGAUGAAGGUUUUAUACUGGUCUGAUGAUCCAUUGCAGGAAAGAUCUCAAGUACUCUGCAAGUUACAUACUACAUGGAAGAGAGGGUCUGGAAAACAAAUUUGGAUUUAG